AUGCACAGACCACCAGAAGGAGUGGAGGGAGCCCGGGUUACCCAAAUGCCCUCCUUCAAGCAGCUGCUGAAGGAGCUGAGGGGCCGCAACGCUGCCAUGACACUGCACGCCAGCAGCCUGGACAGGCUGGUGGAGAGCCAGGCAAAGGCUGGUGCAGAGGAGCGGCCACCACCUGUUGUCCCAUCUGGCAGCGAAGGUGGAGUUGGCCACUUGGCUGCAGGUGGGACGCCCGGGUGGAGGAGGUGGCUGCCCUGGCCCUUUGGGCAGCGAGGGACCCCAUCUGCUGCAGAGGCUGCCGAGCCAUCAGGCUUUGGCCACAGGGGGCUUCUGUUUGGCCGGCCCCUGGCAGCUCUCUGCAGCCAGGACGGCACACUGCCUCAGCCCAUCCAGGACCUGCUGGCUCUCCUGCAGGAGCACGGCCCGUCCACGGAGGGGAUCUUCCGGCUGGCGGCCGGCGAGCGCGCCUCCCGGGAGCUGCGGGAGGCCCUGGACAGCGGCGCCCCGGUCCAGCUGGAAAGCCAGCCGGUGCACCUCCUGGCCGCCAUCCUGAAGGAGUUCCUGCGCAAGAUCCCCUCCAAGCUCCUCCAGAACGAGCUCUAUGAGGACUGGAUGAGCGCCCUGCAGAAGACCAGCAGGCAGGAGAGGCUGGCGGGGCUGAAGGAGGUGGCCAGCAAGCUCCCCACAGCCAACCUCCUCCUCCUCAAGCAGCUGCUCACCCUGCUGCACACCAUCAGCAGCAACACCUGCACCAGCAGGAUGACCACUGCCAACCUGGCCAUCUGCGUGGGGCCGAACCUCCUCAGCCCACCCGAGGAGGACUCGCUGCCCCUGGACGUCCUGGUGCAGGUGACAGGGAAGGUGACGCAGCUGGUGCAGUUCCUCAUUGAACACCAGGAGGAACUGUUUGAGGAGGAGGAGGAGGAUGGGCUUGCCCGUGCUUCAGCAGAGGAGUUGCCAGCAGUGGAGGCAGAAGCAGAAUCCCCAGAGGAGCCUCCAGUCACUCUGGAAAGCGAACACCUGAUGAGCUCCUCUGGGGAGAGCAGGUGGAGAUCUAUUUCGGCUGCUUGGAUUUCCUGGAUGAGCUCUGACACCUGGGCUUCGAGGGCCAUGAUCCAGCGCCAGCACCACCUCGGCGGAGGCGAGGACAGAGACACCGUGCCCUCCUGCUCUAGCCGGCACAUUCCACCUGUGCACCGCUAA